AUGCUUGCAGCAACUAGAGGAUUGAGAGUUCCAAGGCAGUGCAGAGGCCUCGCCUCGGCUGUCUCUAGCAGCUUAAGCAGAGACUCAAAAGUGCACAUGAAUAACUUGGAGUCGCACUCUUUCAUCAAUUACAAAAAGAACUUGGAAAAUCUUGCAAUCGUUAGAAAGAGAUUGAACAGACCACUUACAUAUGCAGAAAAAAUCUUAUACUCACAUUUGGAUGAUCCUGCCACUGCUGAUAUUCGCAGAGGUGCUUCAUACCUGAAACUCAGGCCGGACAGAGUUGCUUGCCAGGAUGCAACUGCUCAGAUGGCUAUUCUUCAAUUCAUUUCGGCAGGCCUUCCAUCCGUUGCCACGCCUGCAACCGUCCACUGUGAUCAUUUGAUUCAGGCCCAGAAAAGUGGACCUGAGGAUUUGGUUAGAGCAAAGAAGUUGAACAAGGAGGUUUACGAUUUCUUGGCAUCUGCCUGUGCCAAAUAUAACAUUGGCUUUUGGAAGCCUGGUUCCGGUAUUAUUCACCAGAUUCUUUUGGAGAACUACGCAUUCCCAGGUGCCUUGUCUAUUGGUACUGACUCUCACACACCUAAUGCUGGUGGAUUGGGUCAAUUGGCAAUUGGUGUUGGUGGUGCUGAUGCCGUCGAUGUGCUGGCAGGCCAGCCUUGGGAGUUAAAGGCUCCAAAAUACAUCGGUGUGAAGUUGACCGGUAAGAUGUCUGGAUGGACUGCUCCUAAGGAUAUCAUUUUGAAACUUGCCGGAAUUACUACUGUGAAAGGUGGUACCGGAGCAAUUGUUGAGUACUUUGGUGAUGGUGUUGAGACAUUCUCCUGUACCGGUAUGGCCACUAUCUGUAAUAUGGGUGCUGAGAUUGGUGCUACAACAUCCGUUUUCCCAUUCAACAAGUCUAUGGUUGAGUACUUAAAUGCUACCGGCAGAUCUGAGAUUUCCGACUUUGCUAACUUGUACCAUGACUACUUGUCUGCAGAUAAAGGUUGUGAGUACGAUCAGGUUAUUGAGAUUAACUUGAGCAACUUGGAACCUUACGUUAAUGGUCCAUUUACCCCAGAUCUUGCCACCCCAGUCUCAAAAAUGAAGGAGGUUGCUCCAAAGAAGGGAUGGCCAACAGACGUCAGGGUCAGUUUGAUUGGUUCGUGCACCAACUCUUCGUACGAAGAUAUGUCUCGUGCCGCCUCAAUUAUUAAGGAUGCUGAGGCUCAUGGCUUGAAGGCCAAGACUUUGUUCACGGUUACGCCAGGUUCCGAGAGAAUUAGGGCAACUAUUGAGCGUGAUGGAUUCCUUCAGACUUUCCGUGACUUCGGAGGCAAGGUUCUUGCAAAUGCAUGUGGACCAUGUAUCGGUCAAUGGGACAGGAAGGAUAUCAAGAAGGGUGACAAGAAUACGAUUGUUUCCUCUUUCAACAGGAACUUCACUUCAAGAAACGAUGGAAACCCUCAGACUCAUGCUUUCGUCGCUUCUCCAGAUAUGGUUGUUGCAUAUUCCAUUGCCGGCGACUUGAGAUUCAAUCCUAUGACUGACACCCUCAAGGGAGCCGAUGGAAAGGAGUUCAAGUUGAAGCCACCUCAUGGAAUUGGUCUUCCACCAAAGGGAUAUGAUCUUGGUGAAAAGGUUUACCAGGCUCCACCCGAAGAUAGAGCAAGCGUUGAGGUCGCUAUUGAUCCAAAGUCCGACAGAUUGCAGAAAUUGGUGCCUUUCAAGCCUUGGGAUGGAAAGGAUCCAAAGAAUAUGCCAAUUUUGAUUAAGUCAUUCGGAAAGACCACUACUGAUCAUAUCUCUAUGGCUGGUCCUUGGUUAAAGUACCGUGGACAUUUGCAGAAUAUCUCUAACAACUACAUGAUUGGUGCAAUCAACAUUGUUAACAAGAAAGCUAACAACGUCCAAAACCAUUACACUGGAAAGUGGGACGGUGUUCCAGACACGGCCAAAUGGUACAGGGACCAUGGCCACAAGUGGGUCGUUAUUGGAAGUGAGAACUUUGGUGAAGGUUCUUCCAGGGAGCACGCCGCUUUAGAGCCAAGAUACUUGGGAGCAUUCGCCAUCGUGACAAGAUCAUUUGCCAGAAUUCACGAGACUAACUUGAAGAAGCAGGGUCUUCUUGCCUUGAACUUUAAAGAUCCUGCAGAUUACGACAAGAUAAACCCAUCUGAUGAGAUUGAUAUUGUUGGUCUAGACAAAUUCGCUCCUGGUAGAGAUUUGACCAUGGUUGUGCAUCCAAAGGACGGCAAGGCAUGGGAAUGCCCAUUGACUCACACCUUCAACAAGGAGCAGAUUGAAUGGUUCAAAGCUGGUUCUGCUUUGAACAACAUGAAGAACAUAUUUGCUGCUGAGAAAGCUGCUAGAAACUGA